CUCUCUCAUCUCUCUUUUUCUAAUUAUAUAUCUAUCUCACUUUGAGUUAUUACAAGUGUACAUAUGCAGCUAUAAAGAUAUAUCCACCAAACUUGCAUAUACUUGUACGCUAUGCAAGUUUUUGUGGAUAUACCCUAAAGAACAAGACUUUCGGCGAUGCAAGCGCUCUCUUCUGGCCCUUUCUUUACCAUUUGUUACUGUUUGUCUGUUCAGAACGUAGAACGCAAAUGCUUCGCGAUUAAUUAUGUAUUAUAUUCGUAUUAAAAAUGCAUAAUAAGUAUGAGGUUUUUUUGUUAGAAGUGUUGCUUAGAGCAAUUUCUGGAACGUAUUAUUGACGUGAUUGACAUUUUAUCGAUCUGAUCGUAUCAUGAAUUGAAAUCAGUACGAUUCCAGUACCAUCAUGGCCGCGCGAUGUAUUUUGUUAAAUGUAACAUUUUGAAAAUUUAGCUCAUUGAAAUUAAAUCUGAUGAAAGUCGUUGUUGCGUUGUGUCGUCGUAAUCGUUGCGCGUGUGUUCUAAUAACUUUUGCGUGGCCGUUUUAUCUUGCAUUUACAUUAUCACGGUGUGGCAAAUUCGCGAUGUAAAUUCAUGAUUUUUGAAAAUAAAACGCAUCGAUUGAUUUUCGUUCGGUAGUGCGCGUAAUAAAUAAGUGCGGGUUUUCGAUAUUCGUCGAUGCCGGUGUUCUUCGAUGGAGCCGAUGCAUUGCAGUUUAAAGCAAAAUUUACAGCAGAUCGAGAAAAUUGCAAUACCUGAACCGGUAAACUUUGUGUGCGUAAUCGGUGCUACGAAAUGUAUUCGUUCCGUCGUAAUAUAAUAAAAUGCGCGUCGGGAGUGCCGUUUAAAGUGCCGCGCGAUUUUCGCUUUCGGGUAUGCAUGUCAGCAUGCCAUGCGUGCGCCGCGAACGCGUGUGAGUGUCUCGAAGGAGAGGCCUAGGAGGCAUCGGGCGACAGCAGAGCAACGAUACGAUGGCACACAUUGGCACUGGACAACUAUAAAAAUGCAUCAAUUGCCUCGAUCGUUGCUGCGUACAUCUUGUGACAAGCACGUGCUUGAACAAUUACUGAUUUUUCGGAGCCUAAGCUGAUUUUUAAAGACCUACAACAAUAGCACUCGCAGUUGGAAAUGUUAAAAGAGAGGUACGAUUGGUUCUUCAGCCUGCGAUACUGCAAUUCAACUGGUGUCCCAUAGAAACUAACUUUCGAGCGAUUCGGUUGGGUUAAGCUAAGCGUAGCGCGGCUCGCCGUGACCGAUUAGGAUUACGUUCCAGAACCAAGCAUUUUGGUUUUCGCCAUUGCACGCGCAAAUUCUUACGUACACACGCAAGAGUCCACUUGUGAUGAAUUACGACAUUACGUGGAGCGGUCGCGGACAUGCAUCAACCAUAUAUAAUCGUGGUGGCAACUAUUCCCUUUGAUGGAGCAUAAGCGUGGCGUAAGUUUCUUUGGGAGGACGAAGAGAGAGAGAGAGAGAGGAAGAGUCCGGAGAGAGCAAGGGAGAGAAAGAAAGGAGCUACAGACGGCGGCGGCGGCGGUGGUGGCGGCGACGGUGGGCGGGGGAGGCGGCGGGGUGAACCCGGAACCGGAAAUGGCUGCGAGGUGGCUGCUGCUGCUGGCGCUCCUCGCCGCCCACGUCGCGGCUCUUCCUGAUUUCAUUAGGAUAGGCGGGCUGUUUCAUCCGUCGGACGACAAGCAGGAAGUGGCCUUUCGCUACGCUGUAGAGAAGAUCAACGCCAACCGGGACAUCCUGCCCAAGUCUCGACUCAGCGCCCAAGUCGAGAUGAUACAGCCGCAAGAUAGCUUCCACGCUUCCAAACGAGUAUGCCACUUACUGCGGGGCGGCGUAGCGGCGAUUUUUGGACCGCAAAGUGCGCAUACAGCGUCUCACGUGCAGAGCAUUUGCGACACCAUGGAGAUUCCGCACUUAGAGACGCGCUGGGACUACCGGCUUAGACGACAGAGCUGCCUCGUCAACUUAUAUCCACACCCCACCACUUUGUCUAAGGCGUAUGUCGAUCUGGUGAAGGCCUGGGGCUGGAAGAGUUUCACCAUUAUCUACGAGAACAACGAGGGGCUCGUGCGAUUGCAGGAACUUCUGAAAGCGCACGGACCUAGCGAAUUUCCCAUUACGGUCAGACAGCUGAGCGAGGGAUCGGAGUAUCGGCCGCUGCUGAAGCAGAUCAAGAAUUCCGCGGAGUCGCAUAUCGUCCUCGACUGCUCCACCGAGAGGAUUUACGACGUGUUGAAGCAGGCGCAGCAGAUCGGAAUGAUGAGCGACUAUCACAGCUACCUUAUCACCUCUCUAGACUUGCAUACUGUCGACUUGGAAGAAUUCCGACACGGCGGGACCAAUAUCACUGCCUUUCGAUUAGUGGACCCGGAGAAGCCGGAGAUCCAGAAAGUAAUUCAAGACUGGAUCUACGGCGAGAAGCGGUACAAUCGCGAGCUCGAUAUGGGACAAAACAGCAACAAGAAUAACUUCACCACUAUAAAGACUGAAACAUCCCUGCUGUACGAUGCCGUCCAUCUUUUCGCCAAGGCUUUGCACGAUCUCGACACAUCCCAGCAGAUCGAUAUCAAACCAUUAUCCUGCGAGUCAACCGAUACUUGGCCUCACGGAUACUCGCUCAUUAAUUACAUGAAAAUCGUGGAGAUGACUGGACUUACCGGUAUUAUCAAGUUCGACCAUCAGGGCUUCCGCUCCGACUUCGUUCUAGACAUCAUUGAACUGAAUAGCAAAGAGGGCUUGAAGAAAAUCGGCACCUGGAACAGUACCAAGGGUAUCAACUUCACGAGGAGCUACGGCGACGUUUACACUCAAAUCGUUGAAAAUUUGCAGAAUAAGACUUUCAUCGUAACGACCAUACUGAGCGCGCCAUACUGCAUGCGGAAGGACUCAAGCGAGAAGCUUACCGGAAACGCGCAGUUCGAAGGCUACAGCGUCGACUUGAUUUACGAGAUCUCGCGGCUGCUUGGAUUCAAUUAUACGUUCCGGCUUGUGCCGGACGGACGUUACGGCUCGUACAACAAGCAGACGAAGGAGUGGGACGGGAUGAUGAAGGAGCUGCUCGAUCAGAAAGCCGAUCUUGCGAUCGCCGAUCUCACCAUCACAUACGACCGAGAACAGGCCGUGGACUUCACGAUGCCAUUCAUGCCUCUGGGGAUCAGCAUACUUUACCGCAAACCCAUAAAGCAACCGCCGAAUUUGUUCUCGUUUCUCAGUCCUCUUAGCCUCGACGUUUGGAUCUACAUGGCGACGGCUUAUCUCGGGGUCUCUGUGCUCCUCUUUAUACUAGCCAGGUUCAGCCCCUACGAGUGGGAGAACCCCCAUCCGUGCAACGGGCAGUCCGAGGUCCUCGAGAACGAGUUCACCCUGCUGAACUCGCUCUGGUUCACCAUAGGCUCGCUCAUGCAGCAAGGCUCCGAUAUAGCACCGAAGGCCGUGUCGACUCGCAUGGUCGCGGGCAUGUGGUGGUUCUUCACGUUGAUCAUGAUCUCCUCGUAUACGGCUAAUCUCGCGGCUUUUCUUACCGUCGAGAGGAUGGAUUCGCCGAUCGAGAGCGCCGAGGAUCUCGCCAAGCAGACGAAGAUCAAGUACGGUGCCCUCAAAGGCGGCAGCACGGCGGCCUUUUUCAGGGAUUCCAAUUUCUCGACGUACCAACGCAUGUGGUCCUUCAUGGAUUCGGCGAAGCCGACGGUAUUUACGUCGAGCAACGUCGAGGGCGUGGAUCGAGUGAUCAAGGGGAAAGGUAGUUACGCAUUCCUGAUGGAAUCCACCUCCAUCGAAUACGUAAUCGAGAGGAACUGUGACCUCACUCAAAUCGGCGGUCUCUUGGACUCUAAGGGAUACGGCAUAGCGAUGCCGCCAAACUCGCCGUACAGAACGGCCAUAAGCGGGGCCAUCCUGAAGCUACAGGAGGAAGGGAAGCUUCACAUGCUGAAGACACGCUGGUGGAAAGAGAAGCGAGGCGGCGGAGCCUGCAGGGACGACACCUCGAAGAGCAGCUCGGCAGCGAACGAACUGGGCCUGGCGAACGUCGGCGGCGUCUUCGUGGUGCUGAUGGGCGGCAUGGGCGUCGCCUGCGUGAUAGCGGUCUGCGAGUUCGUGUGGAAGAGCCGGAAAGUAGCCAUCGAGGAGCGGAAGUCCGUGUACUCGGAGAUGGCGAGCGAAUUGCGAUACACUUUGGACGGUGGCAACGGGAAUAAAAAGCCGUCGAAGCAGGCGCUUUGUCCACGUCAGGGGCAACAUUCGAGCCAGUCGAUCGUCUCGAAGGAGGGCAAGUACGCGGCGUGCAACAAGUACAGGCACUUCGUCGGGAAAGCAUCUCUGACGUAAACAAAGGGACGUCCGGCCGAGCGAAAAGACCAAGUGAUGAAUUUGUUUAACGGUGUAAAUGGUUAAUUGCGGUGCUGUCUCGCUCAUGUAUAAAUUGAAACGUGCACGAUCGGUCAAUUCUAAGUAACGAUAGAAAAAAAACGGAGGAUCGCAAAAGUACACAAAAAUCUCAUUCUUAUCUGCAAAAUUAUUUUUAAAAGUGCGAAGAAUACAAAGCCGAUUGUCAGGCCGUCGAAAAAUUACACUCUUUUGGAUUUCGAAUCAAAUUCGGCAAGACGCCCGAAAAAAGGAGGAAAUGAAAAAAUGUCGUAGGGUCCUGGCACAAGGAGGGUCCUGCAAAUUCGUUGCGUGACGGGAAUUCGCGAUGCGAUCCGCGCCGAUACAGGGACUUAUCUUUAGCGGUGUGUACACAUCUAUCCUUUUUUACUUAUCAUCGAGUAAGAUAGUCCCUCAUCUAAUCCUUUGUAAUAUCCAAACUUAUGAAACACGAUGUGAGGAGGAUGUAAGCGAAAGAACAAGCGAGUGAACAAAGGCCGCGCGAAAUUAAAUGGCCUUUCAUCGACGCCGGAGGUGCGCUGUCAUCCCGCCUCAUAAAAUAUCCUGUUGAAAUUCAUUUUAACGCAGUCAUCGCACUUUCGAACAUGAUGAAACGCAUUUAUUCAUUGUCUUAGACGAUCGAAUAAAUUCCACUAUAAAUAGCGAAGCGAUUUCAUCUUCGAUUUGCGAAAUGUAAGAUUAAUGCACGGCGAGUUGCACUUUGUCGCGACCUGACUAUAUUUCAUAUGAUACGAAUAGUUGAAGUGUUUCUAUGUGCAAUCCUUUGUCCGAAAAUUCUUACCCUUUUAGCUGGUCUGACGGGGUCCAUAACGCAAUAUUAUUUGAGCAAACUAAAGUUAAUUAUUCAGACUAUUUAGAUAAAUGCAUCUUACAACUCGCGUUUUCGGGACGCAUUGUAAGCGUUCCGUCGCAUGUGAAAGAUCGCCACUCACGAAGCCCAGAUUGUUUUCAGAGAGUACACGUCGUUGUUAUUUCCGAUUCUCAUUCGUCCGAUCAGCGUUUUCUACUUCACGUUCAAUCGCGCCUGUGCGGAUCUUGUAAACCGAGCAGUAUUCAUUUGAGUCUUCCUACCGUGAAAAAAAGAAAAGUGUAAAAGAAAAACGAACACCGACUCCGAACUAGCGUUUAAAUCGACACUUUCGGGAAACAGUAUAAAUCAGAGUAUGAGUGUCCUCGACGCCGUGUUGAAGAGUGCGUGACAUUUUCAAUAGCUUGUGCGAACACUAUUUUAAGAUCAAGCAUAAAAACGAAGACGAACGUAACCCACAUUUUAUUUACUUCUCCUGCAUACUUGUACCAUUCAUGGGUUUUCGUUAUUCUCGACACGAUUUGCCGAGUUCUGAAUGCGACCAUAGAGACGUACGUACAAACAUGCAAUACACAGACACACGUAUGCGCGCACAUACACACAGACACACACGCGCGCGCGCGCACACACACAUACGAGACCCACUGUAAAUAUCGUCGAUAUUACAUACUUGUUACAUACCUGCGUACACACGUCACGAUAUACGAGUUUGUUAAGAGCCUAUCGAUUCUACUUCUCUUAUAAAAUGUACUACAAGUAUCGUAUUAAACGUGA